UAUUUCCACACUUCCGGGUGCACAUGCAAUUUUUUUUACCCCAGAUUGAGAAAUGGUUUUCUUCUUUACAAGCAACGUUGUGUCACCACCUUACAGUCUGUACAUGGGAUUGGAUAAACAUGAAAAUGAAGAUUUAAUCAGAUGGGGUUGGCCAGAAGAUGUGUGGUUCCAUGUCGAUAAAGUAUCUUCAGCUCAUGUUUACUUGAGGUUACAUCCUGGUGAAACUCUGGAUGACCUACCACAAACAGUAAUUGAUGACUGUGUACAACUUGUCAAAGCAAACAGCAUACAAGGUAACAAAAUGAAUAAUAUAGAUGUAGUAUACACCCCAUGGUCGAAUUUAAAGAAAACUGCUGGUAUGGAUGUUGGUCAAGUUGGUUUCUUCAAGGACAAGGAGGUGAGAAAAGUAAGAGUAGAAAAAAGAGUAAAUGAAAUUGUGAAUAGACUGACAAAAACUAAAGAUGAAAAGUUUCCCGAUUUACGCAGUGAAAGAGAAGAGAGAGACAGACAAGAAAGAGAAGCUGUGAAAAGAAAAGAACAAGAAAUCAAGCAAAAAGAAAAAGACGAGGAUAAAAAAAGAAAAGAACAGGCAGAAUUGAGAUCUUAUACAACGUUAAUGAGAGAAGAAAACAUGACAUCAAACCUGGAUGGUGAUGGCAAUGAUUCUGAUGACUUUAUGUAAAAUCUGUUAAGAUAUUUUGUUGGCAGUUGUGUGAUAUUCUAGUGGACAAAUCAGUGAAGCAGAAAUCAACGGCUAAACUUAAUAUACUCUUACUUCAAACAUUUCUUUGAAAAUCGGACAUUCGGAAAGUCAAACAUUUUUAAAAUCUGUUUACUUAGAUAAACUGACUCAUGACUGACACU